CCUUUCCUCCCUCCUCAAUUUCCUUAUUGAUUAGAUGUCGUUUUGCCCAACCACUCGAUGGAGAUAGAUACCCUUUUCUCUCUUGAUCUUUUCACAAACCUACGCACAUUUUCUGCCCCUGAUUUCAUGAUUUCCUCUUCAUAAUUCACACCCGAUUUCUUCAUUCACGCUUUUGAUUCAACAAUUUGCCCAAGAUCAUGUCACAUCACCAAGAAGAUGAUGAAUAUGUGGCUGAUGAAUAUGAAAUGGAAGAUGUAGAUGAUAACAUGGAUGAUGAAUUUCAUGUCAGAGAUAUUGGCUCAGACUCGGAUGUGGAUGAAUAUGAUUACAUGACUAAUAAGUUGGCAGAUACUUCUGCCGCUCAGGCAAGAAGAGGCAAAGACAUUCAAGGUAUUCCCUGGGAAAGGCUCAGCAUCACUAGGGAGAAAUAUAGGCAAACUAGACUAGAACAAUAUAAGAACUAUGAAAACAUUCCCCAGUCUGGGGAGGGUUCAGAAAAGGUAUGCAAAGUCACAAACAAAACAGGCUUGUAUUAUGACUUUAGACGGAAUUCAAGAUCUGUAAAAUCGACAAUUCUUCAUUUUCAGUUAAGAAACCUAGUAUGGGCUACAUCGAAGCAUGAUGUGUACCUUAUGUCUCAUUUCUCUGUGAUCCAUUGGUCUUCCUUAACUUGCAACAAGUCUGAAGUCCUUAAUGUAUCAGGACAUGUGGCACCAUGUGAGAAGCACCCUGGAAGUCUACUGGAGGGAUUUACUCAGACACAAGUCAGCACAAUGGCUGUAAAAGAUAACCUGCUAGUUGCUGGAGGAUUCCAGGGUGAACUUAUAUGCAAGUAUUUAGAUAGACCUGGAGUUUGCUUCUGCUCAAGGACAACUUAUGAUGAUAAUGCUAUUACUAAUGCUCUAGACAUUUUUACGACUCCCAGUGGUGCAGUUCACUUUACAGCCUCGAACAAUGAUUGUGGAGUCCGAGAAUUCGAUAUGGAAAGUUUUCAAAUGACUAAGCACUUCCGUUUUCCUUGGCCAGUAAAUCAUACGUCGAUUAGCCCUGAUGGCAAGCUUCUAAUCAUUGUUGGAGACAAUCCAGAAGGAAUGUUGGUGGACUCCAGUUCUGGCAAGACAGUUGCGACUUUGCGUGGACACUUGGAUUUCUCAUUUGCAUCAGCAUGGCAUCCUGAUGGAUGUAGUUUUGCGACGGGCAAUCAGGACAAAACCUGCAGAAUUUGGGAUGUUCGAAAGCUAUCGAAAUCAGUAACUGCUGUAAAGGGGAAGAUUGGAGCCAUUAGAUCCAUCCGUUACUCGUCAGAUGGUGAGUUGAUGGCGAUGGCAGAACCGGCUGAUUUUGUACAUGUUUUUGAUGUUAAAAGUGGGUAUGAGAAGGAACAGGAGAUCGAUUUCUUUGGUGAGAUAUCGGGCACGUCGUUCAGUCCCGACACGGAGUCGCUUUUCAUCGGAGUAUGGGAUCGUACAUACGGCAGCCUCCUCGAGAUGGGACGGAGACGGAAUCACGCUUACUUGGACUGUCUAAUUUAAUUAAUUGCAUCAAGAUAUAUAUAUAUACAUAUAAUCCUUGUCAUUUAGGUGUAAAUUCUUCUUUUUUUGUGUAGAAUUUAAUGUACAGAAGCUACCAAAAGAUACUAAAUCAAAUUAAUUAGUGGUAAUUACUAAUUAAUUUAUUUGAUACAACACCACCU